ACGACUUCCGGUUCUGCUGGCUGUCCGGGAAACGGUUGGCUUCCGGUCGCGCAGCGGUGGGCGGGGCCAAGAUGGCCGAGGAGAAACUUAGGAUGAAAACUCAGGUUCCUGAAUCUCAAAAACCCAGACCAAAAAAAGCUCUAGAGUUUCCUAUUGUGGAGAAACAGAACUGGUUGAUCCAUCUCCACUAUAUCCGGAAGGAUUAUGAAGCAUGCAAGGCUGUGAUCAAAGAACAGCUUCAGGAGACUCAGGGGUUAUGUGAAUAUGCUAUCUAUGUCCAAGCACUGAUUUUACGCCUGGAAGGAAAUAUCCAAGAAUCCCUAGAACUCUUUCAGACGUGUGCUGUUCUUAGCCCUCAGUGUGCUGAUAAUCUCAAGCAGGUGGCCAGAUCUUUAUUUCUUCUGGGAAAACAUAAAGCCGCCACUGAAGUAUAUAAUGAAGCAGCUAAACUUAACCAGAAAGAUUGGGAGAUCUGCCAUAACCUGGGAGUGUGCUAUACUUACCUAAAGCAGUUCAACAAGGCACAAGACCAAUUGCACAGUGCCCUCCAGCUUAACAAGCAUGAUCUGACUUACAUAAUGCUGGGGAAGAUCCACUUACUGGAAGGAGACCUGGACAAAGCCAUUGAAAUCUACAAGAAAGCAGUUGAGUUCUCACCAGAAAAUACAGACCUUCUUACAACUUUAGGAUUACUCUACUUACAGCUUGGUGUUUACCAGAAGGCAUUUGAACACCUUGGGAAUGCACUGACCUAUGACCCUGCCAACUACAAGGCCAUCUUGGCAGCAGGCAGCAUGAUGCAGACCCAUGGGGAUUUUGAUGUUGCCCUCACCAAAUACAGAGUUGUAGCUUGUGCUAUUCCAGAAAGUCCUCCACUUUGGAAUAACAUUGGAAUGUGUUUCUUUGGCAAGAAGAAAUAUGUGGCAGCUAUCAGCUGCUUAAAACGAGCCAAUUACUUGGCACCCUUCGAUUGGAAGAUUCUGUACAAUCUUGGCCUUGUCCAUUUGACCAUGCAGCAGUAUGCAUCGGCAUUCCAUUUUCUCAGUGCAGCUAUCAACUUCCAGCCAAAGAUGGGGGAACUCUACAUGCUCUUGGCUGUGGCUCUGACCAAUCUGGAAGAUACAGAAAAUGCCAAGAGAGCUUAUGCAGAAGCUGCCCGCCUGGAUAAGUCUAACCCUUUAGUAAACCUGAACUAUGCUGUGCUGCUGUAUAACCAGGGUGAGAAAAAGGGUGCCCUGGCUCAGUACCAGGAGAUGGAGAAGAAGGUCAACUUUCUCAAGGACAACAGUCCUCUGGAAUUUGACUCUGAGAUGGUAGAGAUGGCUCAGAAGUUGGGAGCUGCCCUUCAGGUUGGAGAGGCACUGGUCUGGACCAAACCAGUCAAAGAUCCCAAGUCAAAGCACCGGACUAAUUCAGCUAGCAGAUCUGCUGCUCUCCAGAAGACUCUAGGCACCUUUCAAGCUCUAGGAGAGGCAAUGGCUUCAGCAGCUGCAUACAGGAAACUCCCUUCAGGUGCUGUAGGAGCCCAGUUCACAAAGCCACCAUCACUUCCACUGGAGCCAGAGCCAGAGCCCACCGUGGAGGCAAGUCCAACAGAAGCAUCAGAACAAAAGAAAGAAAAAUAGCAACAAACAUGAGAAAAACAGGAUGACCCUGGAGUAGGGGGUCUCUUAGGUGAGACCAUGUAGAAGAUGGUCAUAUGACCCAAGCAGAUGGAGGCCAGUCCUGUUCCCUGGAUGGGCACUGCAGAAUUAAAACAGAACCCAGGGUGCAUUGUGAUGAUCAGGAGGAGCCUAAGGCCCAUGAAGCUCUUGGCUGGCCCCAUCACCCAGGAACGAGGGAGAAGACAUGCUAGAUAGGCUUGAAGCCCUGCACGUAUAGCCCCAAGACUCAGCAAGGCAAAUGAUCAAAGACCAUCACUCGAUGAAGGACUUUUAUCUUGAUAAAGGGAAAGGGACUUCUGCUCAGUAGCCUGAGGUAAUGAAGCCUCAUUCUAACUGGACUGUGGAAACACAUCAGUUCCCACUGUAACACAAACCUUGAAUUGAGAACCUAGUUAAACAGGGUCCCCUCCCUUCUUUUAGAUUAAGUUGAGGCCCAAUCUGGAAUAUAUCCUAGCUGUAUUUGCUCAGAGAAUCUAAAACAAGUCUCUAUUUUCAUUCUUAAAAGAGGUUAGAGUCUGGAGCCAGAUCAUGUCAGUAUAAGUAGUAGAAGUCAAGGCUGGUCUGGAAUUGGCACCGAGGAUUUAGAAAGGAGUGUGGGUAGGGUGACUGAGGACAUAGUUCAGUAGUUAGAGUACUUGCUCAGCUUGUACAAGGAUCUGGGUUCGAUCCCCAGUACAGCUGAAAAAGAACAAAACUCUUAGCCAAAGAAUUUUCACCAAGACAAUCAAUGAUGAACGCUGACAGAUACUCUCCUGGCCCAUUAGCGGCCUCUGCAAAGAUUAUGGACCACCAAGAGGUCGUAUUAAAAGCUUUUUUAAAAAAAAAAAAAACAAACAAAACUGUGGUCACUGUCUACCUUUACCUAUUUCCAAGUCUGGUUUGAAACUAUAACCACUUCAAAGCCAAGUUGGUCUUGGCUAUAGUGUGGCCUUACAGCGGCUCAGAGGUUUGGCUUCCUCUGAGGCAGUCCCUGUUUUCACCUUAACUGGCAGCUAGAAAACUGACAAGCUAUUAAGGCAGAGUGUGGAGUUUUUUGAUAUUAUGGUUGGGUCUGAUUUGACAGAAUGAACAGGGAUCCUCUUAAGUUCUCUUACCUCAGAUGGCAAGCACAGUACCAGAGGUGAUUCCUUUGCCCAGGUAGCAGGUUUGUCAUGGAGCAGUCAACAAAACUCUCUCCAUCAGCAUGAAAGGUAGUAUAGACUAAAUUGAUUGACUAAAACUAAUAAAGGUGUUGGUGAGAAAUAAUAAGAGUUAGAGAAAUAAUAGGCUUAGAAGGAGAGGAGAAAGAAAACAUGAAAGAAACUCAGGAGCUGAAUCAGCAGAAAGGAGGGUCUGGUUGUAGGUAACAUGAGAAGAGACUUUCUAGGUAGGUAGAUACUCAGUCUUGACUUUAGACAAGGCAUAUGGGUGACUAGGAUCAAGGACUUUUCAAGUCUGGUCUUAGGUAGGCUUGUCUUUGAGAUAACCCAAUGAUACCUUACUACACACCUAAAUAACCUGAGUUGAGAAAUGUUUAAAGGUUCUGCUAGAGAAGAGGUUCUCAACCUGUGGGUUGUAGCUCCUUUUGGAUGUCAAACAACCCUUUUACAAGGACUGCAUAUAAGAUAGCCUACAUAUCAGAUAAUGCCUAGCAAAAUUAGUUGUCAAGUAGCAACAAAGUAAUUUUAUGGUUGGGGGUCCCCACAACAUGAGGAAUUGUAUUAGGAUGGUUGAGAAUCAUUGUGCUAGAGGAAUCUGGAUUUUGUGCUAGCUGAAGAGCAUAGGCUUAGAAAGGCUUUUAAGAGCAAGUCUAUUGGGGAGGAACCUAUAGUUGGGAAAGAAAACCCAUGUCAGAAGGUAUAUUACAGUCUGCACAGGAUUAGAACCUGCAAUUGGACAUAACCCCUGACGGUUCAUCACCAAGCAGGGAUGCACCCUUGGGGAAGAAGUGGUGGCUACAGAAGCCCAUGCAGAGAUGAAGAUAUUCAUUUCAUAAAGCUUCUAAGUAGAGGAGAAAAAUCUCUAAGGGUGGAACUGAAUUCCUUACUCUGAGAGGACUUUAAAUAUUUUUUAAGACAGGGUUUUGUGUAGUCCAGGCUAGCCUCAA